AAAUUGUUUUUGAUGACAGUUUCAGUUCAACAAAAAUAUGUUGCGUGUAGUAUUUGCAAUAUAAACCCUCUUUUUGAUUUACACAUCAGCAAUGCGUAUAUGCGAUUUUUUUCUUUGUUUUUCGUUCAUGAUGAAGAUCGGUUUCGGUCAAUUGUGGCAGGAUCGGAAAAUCGUUGUGUCAGUUAAACAAGGACUUAUAGAAGGCAAAACUGAAUACACCGAGUCGAGAAAAAUUGUUAACAGCUUUCUUGGAGUGCCUUAUGCAGCUCCUCCCGUGGGAAAUCUUCGGUUUUCUCCUCCUCAGAGACAUCCGGGGUGGAAUGGUACUUACCAAGCCACAAAACACCCUCCAAGAUGCGCGCAAUUACCCAUCAAAUCAAAUUACAGCGAAGAUUGCCUUUACUUAAACAUUUGGUCUCCAGUGAGCACGGGAAGUUACGCACCCUUGCCUGUAGUUGUUUUGUUCGAAGGCAUUGAUUUUUUCCAAAGCAGCGACUUGCCUUACUUGCCAGGGCAAGAUUUUUCAUCGGAAGGAGUCAUAUUGGUUACAGUGAAUUACCGACUAAAUAUCUUUGGAUUCUUUUGUCUUGGAACUAACGAAGCUAGAGGGAAUUUGGGACUUUUAGAUCAAUACUACGCGAUCGUCUGGAUCAAAGAGAACAUAAAGAACUUUAGAGGUGAUCCAGAAAAAGUGACUCUGUUUGGAUGUUUAUCCGGAGCUGUGAGUGUGGCUUUGCAUCUAAUUUCACCGAGAACCUCUGGUCUUUUUCAAAGGGCUGUUCUAAUAUCGGGUAGCGCUUUAGCCCCAUGGCAGGUAAAUAAUGACCCAAUAGCAGCCUCAAACGAAAUGCUACGAAUCUUAGGAUGCAAUUUGUACACCACCGAUUAUUUAAGGUGUUUGCGAAGCAAAAAAACCGAAGAUAUAUUGCAGACUUUACAAGAGUACUCCGAGUCCUUGCAGUGGACUGAUGCCUUUUUACCUGUAGUAGAUAACUUUUUACCCGAGAAUAAUCGUUAUCUUCCUUACGAUCCUUCAAAAGCCUUUAGGGAAGCCACUUUCUUUCAAGUACCGAUACUAACAGGGAUCAGUAAACCGAUCACCUUUCCAGAAACAAAUGUAUGGUACGAGUUAGCUAGUAAAGGUUUUCAACAACUCAAUCAAUACAUGGACAGAGCGAAAAUAUUAGAAAUUCUUCGGGCUUACAGAUUUUCAAACAGCACCAACCGAGACCAGUUAGUCGACAUGAUCAAAUGGAAAUAUUCCUCUCCAAGUCAGGGAGACGUAAGAAUUCUUGUCGACCAAAUAAAACAAUUGGAAUUUGAAGCUAAGAUAGAAGCUCCACAUUUCCUGCAACUGUCUCAUUUAACAUCCUACGUUCAGCCUAUUUACGUUUAUUACAUGCCUGAUUUAGGAUUUAAUGUCAACACUACAGAUAGUUUCAUCACGACCGACAUGCUCUUGCUAUUUGGACCAUCCUUACUAAAAGCAGUUGCUAGAAGACGAUUUGUAGAAGACGAAGCAAGGCUUAGUGCCGACCUAAAAAAAAUGUUCAUUAAUUUUAUUAUGUUUGGAAACCCCACCCCCAGUAACAACAGGAUUAGGCAGUGGAGGAAAUACAACCCCAACGACCCUUAUAUAGAGGAUUUCUACAAAGCGACGUAUACACAGGCAGACCGAGUGGAAACAGUAUCAUUUUGGAACAAUUUAUUACCAAAAAUAUCUAAAUAUCGUACAACAUAUUCCCUGCCGAGAGAACUACAAAAUAGUCCUGAUCCUGCAGCAGCUUUUCGACAUGGCAUGUAUACUUUAGUUGGACUUGUAGCUGCACUUUUAGGAUUACUUGUUAUUUGUAUUAUACUCCUGAAACGGAAAAAUCAUGAACGCGAAAGGGAGUUUCACAUAGGUUAUUAAGUACUUAUUUACUAUGUCCACUUUGUAUAUAAUUCUUUUAUGUAUUAAAUUUAUUAGCAAAAUAUAUUUUUUAA